AUGAUGGCUGAGAGCAGAUACGCCCUAUUGAUCGUUGAUAGCGCUACAGGAUUAUUUAGAUCGGACUACAGUGGUAGAGGGGAACUGGCUGCUCGACAAAUGGCGCUCUCGAAAAUGAUGCGGCUACUGAUCAAACUUGCGGAUGAAUUUGGAGUAGCUGUUGUGAUUACGAAUCAGGUGGUAGCACAAGUGGAUGGAGCCUCCAUGUUCCAAAUGGAUGCGAAAAAACCAAUUGGUGGGAACAUCAUUGCUCAUAUGAGCACAACUCGGUUGGGAUUGCGGAAAGGUCGUGGUGAAACCCGUAUAUGCAAGGUCCAUCAAAGUCCCAGUUUACCCGAAGCUGAAGCCACGUUUGCUAUAACCGCCGGAGGCAUAGACGAUGCUCCUGAAUAA